GAGAGCAGCUGCCCUUCAGUAUCCCUCCCUCUCUGACCAGCUCCUGUUUGUCACAGUGAGUUAUCUUUAUCUUCAUCUUUAACUCUCAAACUUAGGAACAUAUUCAGGCUGUCAUCUCUCUGACUCACAUACUAAAUCAACAGCACCCUUCACAUGCUCACAGCUAGCAGACUCAUUUCAUCGCACAGCUAAGUCAUGGCGGACAGAAAGGACAGCAAGAUCCCCGGUAAAGGCGGCCUGAUAAAGAAGAAAGAAAAGAAAGUGGAGAAAGUAGAGAGUAAACCUGAAAAGGAGAAAGAAAAGAACAAAGAUAAAGGUGAAAAGGAGAAAGAAAAGAACAAAGAUAAAGGUGAAAAGGAGAAAGAAAAGAACAAAGAUAAAGGUGAAAAGGUGACAAAGAAGCCAGAGAAGACCCCAGAAAAUCAGCAAAAAAAUGAGGAGACGCCUCAAGGAAAUGGGGAGGUAGCAGAAGGAGCCAAAGGCCCGGUCAAAGAUGAGGAGUUUGAGCUGGAGCCUAUGGAGCUGCCUCCAUUUGAGAUCAUUAUAGGAGACAGAAUGAACCCGACCUUCUUUAAGUUCCAAUUUAAAAAUGUGGAAUAUUCCUCUGGGCGCAACAAGACCUUCCUGUGCUACCAGGUGGAUAUUCAAGGAGGCGCUGCAGACACAGAAGGCCUUCGCGGUUACCUGGAAGAUGAGCAUUCGGGUUCACACGCUGAAGAGGCCUUCUUUCAUCAGGUGUUGGCCUAUUAUGACAAGUCACUCCACUACACAGUGACCUGGUACAUGUCCUCGAGCCCUUGCGCAGCCUGCUCUGCUAAGCUCGUAGAGAUCUUGCGAUCACGCAAGACAAUGCGUCUUAAUAUCCACUGCUCCCGUCUCUUCCAGUGGGAGGAAGCAGAGAUACAGGCCGGACUUCAGGCGCUAGUUAGUGCAGGGUGUAAAAUACGCAUGAUGAGGCCUGUGGAUUUUGCGUAUGUUUGGUCUACGUUUGUUGAGAACGAGGAAGAUAACUUUACACCAUGGGAGGACUGUCAAGAUAGCUAUGAUUAUUAUGAUGAGAAGUUGUGUGAUAUUUUAAAGUAG